GUUGUUAUUAGAUAGCUAUUGCCAUUAGAAUAACAGUUAAAUUAAAUUAUGUGUAUCAUAGUUGCCGACAAAAGAAAAAGAAAAAAUCAAAAAAAACUAUUAAUAACUAAGGUUGUCGUAAGAGAAUCCGUACCACGUGUUUCACCGGCUUCGUGUUCCUUUUUAAGAUUUUCUUUCUGCCUGUUAUAAAGUCUGAUCUCUGAUAGAGAGAGAACCAACAGAAGCAAAUAAGAAAAGAAAACAGAGGAAAAAUGAGUAGCUCCGGUACGCAGCUUCACAAUGUUUUUGUCUACGGUAGCUUUCAGGAGCCUGACGUCACUUAUGUCAUGCUUGAACGUACUCCUGAAAGUAUCUCUGCCACACUCCCUGGCUUUACGAGGAAGAGGCUUAAAGGAUGUUUGUAUCCAUGUAUUGUGCCGUCUGAGGAAGGAGAAGUCCAUGGAAAGGUAAUAAUGGGGUUAACGGAUGAAGAACUUAGGAACUUAGAUGCAGUUGAGGGUAAUGAAUUUGAGAGAGUGACAGUUGGUGUUGUACGAGAGGACAACUCGGAGAAGAUGCCUGCCAAAACAUAUAUAUGGAUCAAUAAGAAUGAUCCUGAUCUUGAUGGAGAAUGGGAUUUCGAGGAAUGGAAAAGACUACACAAGAAGAAAUUCAUAGAGACUUUCAAAGAAAUCAUGGAAUGGAUGAAGGAUCCUCAGGGAAAGGGACGGGAUACAUUCAGCCAUGCCCUCCGCGAAGAUCAAGUGAAUCAAUCGUCUUGAAUAUAUUGUGUAUGUUGAGUAUGUCCUAUACAUCACCUUUGUUUCCAAAUUCCGAAUAAAACAAAAGGUACUGUGAAGAUCAGUGAAAAAAUAGUAAUGAUGACAUGGGGUAGUGUAAGAUUGAUCAUGGGGGUGUGGUAUUAUUCUGUUACACGUCUUUUAGAGAUUUUGGCAUAUAUAUGUAUGUGUUGUGUAUGGUCUCGUUGAUGCUAAUGCUUAUGGCUUCUAUAAUUA